UAGUAUAUACUAUUUAAUUAAUUAUUAUAUUAUAUAUAUAUAUAUUUUUUUUUUUUUUUCUAGCUUUAGGCGUCUCUGUGUUUUUCUGUUCUUCAAUUUAUAAGAUUAACAGAGCUGUGUAUAUACAUAUUCCCUUAGAUAUAUUUAGCAAUUUGUUUCUUGAAUUCAUAGAAAAGGACAAAAAAAAAAUGAAGUCUAGCACUUGUAUUGGAAUCUCCAGCAUGAAACCUUGUUGUAGAAUCCUAAUUAGUUAUAAAAGCUCUUCCUUUUUGGGGUUUUCUCCCCCGAAAAUGAACCGUUCAGGAAUCUCAAAUUUGUCGAAAUCACUUUCCAAAGUAGUUGAUCGCCGUAGAUUUCACUCUUAUAAGCAUAUUAGGUCACAGAUUGUAGGUUGUAAGUGUGUUGUUGAUCUGAAUCGGAGGGCUAUUAGCGUGUCCGAGUCGAGUUGGGGUCAGGCUAGGGUAUUUGCGGGUAGUUUUCGUGUGGAUAAAGGUAGGGCUAGGGGUGUUUUAGUAAUUCCUAAAGUAGCGUCAGAUUUUAGGAACCACUCAACGUCCGUUGAGCCUCAUGUUAACGAGAAGAAUUUUGAGAGGAUUUACAUUCAAGGUGGGCUGAAUGUAAGGCCUCUGGUGAUUGAGAGGAUUGAGACAGGUAGCGGUUUAGUUAAAGAGGAUAAUACUGGAGUAGAUGUUAAUGAGAAAGGUGUAAAUACAGAUAAUUUUAAGGGUUUGAAUCUGACUGAGCCUAAGAUUGAGAGAGAGGUGUCUGAAAUUGACAAAGAGGCAUGGAAUAUACUACGUGGUGCUGUGGUGAACUAUUGUGGAAAUCCAGUGGGGACCGUAGCCGCUAAUGAUCCAGCAGACAAGCAGCCAUUGAACUAUGAUCAGAUAUUUAUCCGUGACUUUGUACCUUCAGCGCUUGCUUUUCUGCUAAAUGGAGAGGGGGAGAUUGUGAAGAAUUUUCUUCUUCACACAUUGCAGUUACAGAGCUGGGAGAAGACUGUGGACUGUUAUAGCCCCGGGCAAGGGUUGAUGCCAGCAAGUUUUAAAGUUCGAUCUGUCCCUCUUGAUGGAAGCACUGAAGCAUUUGAAGAGGUUUUAGAUCCUGAUUUUGGUGAAUCAGCCAUUGGUCGUGUUGCCCCUGUUGAUUCUGGGUUGUGGUGGAUUAUCUUGUUGAGAGCUUAUGGAAAGAUCACUGGGGACUAUGCAUUACAAGAGAGGGUGGACGUACAAACAGGCAUAAGACUGAUCCUAAAUCUGUGUUUAACUGAUGGUUUCGACAUGUUUCCUUCGCUGUUGGUCACUGAUGGUUCCUGUAUGAUUGAUAGACGAAUGGGUAUUCAUGGCCACCCUCUGGAAAUUCAAGCUUUAUUCUAUUCUGCUUUGCGUUGCUCCCGUGAGAUGCUCACUGUGAAUGAUGCAACCAAGAAUUUGGUAGCUGCCAUAAACAACCGACUCAGUGCACUCUCAUUUCACAUCAGAGAGUAUUACUGGGUUGAUAUGAAGAAAAUCAAUGAGAUAUAUCGUUACAAGACAGAGGAAUAUUCUACAGAUGCCAUCAACAAGUUCAAUAUCUAUCCAGAUCAGAUUCCUUCAUGGCUAGUUGAUUGGAUUCCUGAUAAAGGUGGCUACUUCAUUGGCAAUUUACAACCUGCUCAUAUGGAUUUUAGGUUUUUCACUCUUGGAAAUCUUUGGACCAUUGUUUCUUCUUUGGGAACCUCGAAACAGAAUGAGGAUGUUUUGAAUUUGAUUGAGGAAAAAUGGGAUGAUCUUGUGGCUAACAUGCCUCUUAAGAUUAUUUACCCUGCUCUGGAGUCUGACGAGUGGCGGAUCAUCACUGGAAGUGACCCAAAGAAUACGUGGGGCUUUUUUCAUUGCAUUCUCCCAUGGUCAUAUCACAAUGGUGGAUCCUGGCCAACGCUCCUGUGGCAGUUUACAUUGGCCUGUAUAAAAAUGGGGAAGCCAGAAUUAGCACAAAGAGCAGUUACUUUGGCAGAGGAAAGGCUGUCAGCGGAUCAAUGGCCUGAAUACUAUGACACAAGAAGUGGAAGGUUUAUAGGCAAGCAAUCCCGGCUCUUCCAGACAUGGACAGUUGCCGGUUUCCUUACCUCAAAGAUGCUAUUGCAGAAUCCAUGGAAGGCAUCCCUGUUGUUCUGGGAGGAGGACUACGAGCUUCUCGAGACUUGUGUUUGUGGCCUUAGCAAAACUGGUCGAAGAAAGUGCUCACGCCUAGCUCCUAGGUCUGCGAGUCCUGGACGGUAAUGACCCUUUGUUAAUAAGGCGUCGGUGUCUUUGUGUUUCCUUAGCAAGCAUGGGAAAUAAAGAUGGAAGAACAGAGUAUAGCAAUUAUCAGAAUAUUCUGAGUACUAACAGCCAUCAUUUAUGUAAAGCACCUGUUUGUUGUAUCAUUCAUUGACUUGAAUUAUGAGGCUCAGUUUUUGGAGAGCUUCUAACAUAUUGUAAGGUUCUAAACCUGAAUAAUUGAACAUAUGAAUUCAUUAUUCUAUUAUAUAUAUCACAGCUUCUUUA